UUUUUAUUACGUUUGUUUCGGUUUUCAUUUGCUUGUGGGUUUUUUUGUUUUGUUUUCUAACUUAACCUAACCAGUGCUUAUAGGAAAAUCCACUUUGUCUCUGACACUUAAAAGGAGAUGCCAAGCCGUAGUUCCAGGUGCUUUCAUAAAAUCGGUCUCUUCCCGGGACCUUUGGAAGUCGCAGGGUUCCAUGCAUAGAGAAUUCUUGCUGGAGCUAGGUGGAACUCAUUGUUUUCUCAAUUUCUCAGAGCUUGUGAGGGAGAGGAAUGUAGUAUUAAAAGAAAAAAAAAGGGGUGAAAAGGCUGCUGAUGGGUGUCACCCUUAGUUAUUAAUUUAUUUUUAAGUAGGGGCACAUAAUUUGGAGUAGUUUACUUUUUGCAGCACCUUUCUAGCACAUUUUUGUUUAAAUGGGCAGGAUUGCUGCCUUAGGAUUCAAAUGGUUAUGACUUUAUUACCAUUAGAUUAAGCCAGCACAGUGUUACCGAGUGAGACAUGCUUUUCAUGUUAAACAUCUGGAAUUGCAUUGUACUGUUUGAGUGGAAGUCAUGUCAUUUUUAUGAUACAGGCUGCAUUUAGCAUAGAUCCGUGUGAUGGAUUCAUCAAAAGUAACAGGCACCAAUUUAUGCUUUGUCCAAAGUUAAUAAACAACACUGCAGAGCAGAGAGUGCAUUUGUACUGCAGGCCGGAACUACAAUGGAGAAAUUCAGGAGCAGUUCAAAAACCCUGAUGAUGCAUGAAAUCCAGCAACCACCUGAGCAUCAAGUUCAUGCAGCUGGACAAUCUGUUACUCCCCAGUCUGCAACACAUGAAUUUCAGGACAGAGGUCAUGACAAACCAGGUCAAGAUGGGUAUACUCAGAGUCAAAGAAGAAUGUUAAAAAAAUUCCAAAGCAGAUAUCUAGCAAGGAAGUUCUUUUAUCUGUGGGCAAAAAUGACAUUUGGAAAAGUUCUCCCUUCCAAAGCCAGAUGUUUUUAUGAUCAGAAGAUUCUUCAAAGAACUUUUGGAGAGUGGAAAGAGCAGUGGACAGUUUGCAGAGAAAAGCUCAGCCUCAGAGCAGACAACCAUUACAGGCAUUUACUCCUUAAUUUGAUAUUUAAGGCUUGGAGAGCCUAUGUAUGCCAACAGCAAGGAAAGAGGAACAAGUAUUAUGUUGCAGAGUCUCAUGCCAAGAAGCAAACUCUGCUCAGGACCUGGCAGCAGUGGCUGGUUUAUGUUGAUGUUCAAAGGACAAAACAUGGGAUGCAGUCUGUGGCACUGGCAUUCAGGGAAAGAAGCUGUUUGCGCAUUUCAUGGGCAGUGUGGAGAAGACAACACUACCAGAAAUGCUCUGGACAUAAAAUGAAUGUUUUGGCUCUGCAACAUUGGGCCCAGAGCCUGCAGUUUCGAGCUUGGUUACAGUGGCGAGAGCUGUAUUUAUACACCCAGGAUGAGAAGCAGAAGGACACCAGGGCAGUAACUCACCAUCAACACUGGGAAUUGAGGAGAUGUGUGGGAGCAUGGCUGGGAUACAUGAACCUCCACAGAGUAAAGAAACGCCAGAAUGAGCUGGCCCAGGAGUUUCACCGACGCCGGGUGCUCCAGAGGUUCUUCUCCGAUUGGCAGCUGUCAUGGGAGUGCAGGAGAAGAAUACAUGCUCACCAAAGGGACCUGGAAAAACAAGCAGCAAGGAUUGCCUUGUGGAGAGUCUUUGCACACUGGAAGCAUUAUGUCGUGCUGUGUGUGGAAGAGGCUCGGCAGUGUGAGCUGGCUGAAAAGCACCACAAGUGUCACCUGUUGGAACUUGGCCUUAAGGGUCUUCGGCAGAAUGUCCUGGACACUCGUGUUCAGCGAAUGAGAGCAAAUCUGUCAUCCCGUCAGCACCGAGUUACAGUGCUGCAGAAGUACUGGAACCGUUGGAAGUCCCGUUUGGAAGAGAGGGAGGAAGAACAGGAGCAGGCCUUAACAUCAGUGGCUCAUGCCCGUUACAGGAGGGUGUUGAUGAGACAGGUAUUUGACACGUGGCUGCUGAAGGUCUGCAAGCUGCAAGAAUAUCGAAUGGGAGAGAAGAAGGCUGUCCUCCAUUUCCAGAGGCAGCUCCUGCGCUCCUUCUGGCACCGCUGGUGUACAAGAGCAGCUGCACAUUUGGAGGAGCAGGAGGGCUUGGUUCGUGCAGGAGAUCACUACAGUAACCAGCUGCUGCUAAAGGCCUUCUGUCUGUGGAAACAAAAGACUCAGGAGAGAGAAACAGAGAGGCUCAAGGAGGCAGAAGCUUUAAGAUUUCACUGUUCAAAGUGUCUGCAGCAGACUUGGAACAAGUGGAGAGAGUAUGUGGGACAUCAGCGUGAGAAAUGGAGGAAGUUGGUGCAAGCAGACCUGCACUAUCGACAUGUGUUGCUGGGCAAGACCUUGGCAGCUUGGAAGAUUUACCAACAAAACAUACAGUGCAUUCUGUAUCAAGUAGCUGAGAAGGAGAAACAGCACACUCGACUGCUGCUGCGACAGGUGCUGUGUACAUGGAGAGAAAAUGUCCUUGCUCUUAUAGAUGAAUCUAAGGCAACUACUCGAGCAGAUGAGCACUACAGAAGAGCAAUCCUGUCAAAGGUGCUGCUGCAGUGGAGAGACACUGCCUGGCUACGAGCAUGUCACCGCCAUCUGAAGGUGACAGCUGUGCUGGAGGCUAGAAAACAUUUGGAUUUAGUGCGUUUACAGAGCCUAUUUCAUCACUGGAAGGAAUUAAUGAGGGAGUCUCUGAUGCUGAGGGCUCAGCACCACAGGGCAGCACAGCACCACCAGCAGCACCUGCUCCAGAAGUAUCUGGUGAAAUGGAAAAAUUAUUAUCAGCAGUGCCUUGGGAAAAAGCUGCUGCAGAGAAGGGGAGAUGAACUAAUGACUCACAGACUUUGCUCUGCUUCCUUCUAUUGCUGGAAAACUCGGCUGUUGGAGCAGCAAUGGGAAAAGCAGAUGACAGUGCAAGCAUUGUGGCACUGGUCCCUUUCACUGCAGAGAAAGGUAUUUGAUGCUUGGCUCAGGUUUGCCAAGGGACAGCAGGAGAAGAAAGAUGGCAUUGAAAAAGUCACAGGAGUUCAUCACACAACUCCUUUGAGAGAAGGUGUAACCUGUGCCUUGAGAAACACUGCUGGCAUCAAAGAGCUGCAGGGACAGCUCCAUACCCAGCACCAGAUGGAGAAGCAAGUGACAUUUAAAAGGCCUGAGGUUAGUCCUGAGACAAGAGGACAUUCAUCAGAGGAAGAGCCAUGGCCUUCAAAAUGCAGACAUCUACCACUUCACCCUGCUCAGGGGGGCUCAAUUCUCCAUGGCCUGUCAGAGGUGCCCUUUCAGCUAACAUCUGUGAAUAAAUGUCCUGCACAGACUGGGAACUUAAUGCUGACACCUCAUGUGGAAGAAAGGACCUGUAAAUGUCUGUCUCAGAUGGGUAAUGCUUCUCAUCCCCAUCCCUCUCUCACUUGUGCUUCUCUUCCCCUGUGGACACAGGACAGGCACCGAACUGGGCAGGAGCCAGAGCUGUGGUCUCCUGCAUCUUUCAUGUCCCAAAUGAAAGCUGGCUCAGAACAGAGAGGAGAUCAGCCUGUGAAUUGUCACAAAGGAGUGCAUUCCCAAGACUCUGAACAGAAUUCUGUGAAGAAGUUGCGACUGAAUUUGCUGUCACCUGAAGACUUGGUGGGAAAAGGGAGUCACCAGACUGCAGCUGAAGGGAAAAAGAGGGAGCACAGUUCCAGGGAAGAAAAGCUGGAGAGAAAGGUGGAAGUUGAACUCCUACAGAUCCAGCAGCAGAUGCAGUACUACUACAGCAGGAAGCAGGAACUCAAGUGCUGUCAGCAGCAGGCACAGAUUCUGCAGCAGUGGCUGGAAAUGAGCACGCAACCAGGAGCCCAAGAUGUGCAAGGAGUUCAGGAAGAAUUGGGUCAGCUGCACGUGAGGAUCAGCACUCUCACCAAAGCACAGCUGGCUGAGAGACAGCACGUGCAGGCCCUGCUUGCCCGCCUGCGAGAGAUCCAGCUUACCCUGGAUCUGUAGUGCAUCUACCACCUUCUCAGCUCCAUGGAAGAGAUGUAUCCAUUCACUUCAUUCUAAUGUAUGGCAUUUAUAUUUGAUAAAUUAAGUUAAAAUAAUUCUGCUUUUUUUAUUGUUACUCUAGCUGAUCAAAACCAAACUGGAGCAACAUCUCUCUCAUGCUGCACUUGCAAUACCUAGUUUAGGUUACCUGCCAUGCCACAAAGAUAAGCAACACAGAUAAGACUCUUUAUUUCAAAAUGUUUGCAAUUAAAUGAGUUCAUGUCAGUAAGUCAUACACUUUGACAUACAAAAAUACCGUGCUACUGAUACAGUUGAAUUAAAUGGAUUCUCCAUGCAGGAGAAAUUCACAGCAUUAUCAGUACCCUCAAGGAACUUUGUUUUCACUCCUGGGGUGCGUUGCUGGCCCCUGCAUCACAAGCAAUGUUGGUUUUUUAGCUCGCUCUGCACAGUAUUAAAACCAUGAUAAAAACAGCCACUUGCAUGCUGAAUCCUCCCUUCCUUCUGAGGUGUCUAAUAAAGCAAACAUCAAGCAACCCAUCCUCCAUCACUAGGACAGUAUUUACCUUCAGAUACUGUGGAUGAUGCUGCUGAGUAGGAGGAAAUUAAAGCUUAAACUUCCUUUGGUUCUGUCUGGACGUCACAGACUCCAGUGGAAAAGAAGGAAAAGAUUCAGUUGUCUUUUUCUCUCAUCCACUGGAACAAAUUUGCUUUCUCUUGUUAACAUGACACUGAAGUUUAAUCAAAAAGCUCACCCUAACUUCAUCCUCUUGGGGUUGAUAUUUGCUUUACUCUUUUCUCACUCUCAAAGGUUUAAAAAGACUUGUAUCUGGUGCUAUACUACUGCAGGAGUAAACUUGCUAAUGCCAAGAAGUUUUAACAAGAUAGGUGGCUGAGAGCCACUUCAAGCUUUCAAACUCCUCCCUGUGUAAAGUGAGGAAACACUGACUCCUGGAGCCAAAUGAAUUUUCUCCUGCUUGUCACCCAAACAGCCACCCUCAUCUGACUCAAGCCUGGGCUACAUCACUUAGAGGCAGUUUAUCAUCCCUUCCUUCCUGAUGACAAGCUAAGCAUACAGCACUUGGCAAACUGGACAUUUGUACAACAAAAUUAUAUUCUAUUUUCUGCAGUGCAUACAAAGAAGGGUUUCUUUUGGGGAUCAGAGCUGGUUAAAGCCUGUCAUCUCCUUGAAGUAGCAGAAAAGUAGCUCAAGCAAGGAAGUAGUAUGGGAAAUUUUUCAGAAAGCACAAAGGCAGGUUUCGUAAGCGUGUCCACUCCAACAAGCUCUGGACAGCAAAAUCAGUUCUAAAUGCUUGAGUGCUGGGACUUGAAACAGUUUAUUCUCAAA